AUGGCAGGCGAGCAAGAAGCUGCUAAUGCAUAUGGUGGUGUUGCACAGGUUCAGUCUUUAUUUGGCUUAAGUUUGGUAGGUAUUGCUGGUGAAGGUUAUGAUAUGAUUGUGAGGACAGGUGAAAUUGCAGCUGCAUUUGAACCUGAGAUGAAGAGGGAGACAACAAAUGGAGUUGCAAUGGAUUGGUGGCCUGAGGAGAUGAUGGACGAAUUUGCAGUAAUAGUGAUGAAGCAGACAGAGUCUGGAGGAGUGAUGAAUGAGCAGGUGCGGGCAAUUGCAAGACUGGAUUAUGAAGCUGCAUGUGAUAAUGAAACUGUGGUGAUGCUCAAAUCUGGUAGUGGUCUGGUGCUGUGCGAGGCAGUGAAGACAGUAAAAGAACAUGAAUCUGUGGAUGAGAGAUUGCAAUUGAAGCUAAAAUGGAGUGUUGGUGGUCAUGUAGUUGCCUGUAGUAGCAGCAGAUGCAGCAAGGAUUCUCGUGGUGGAAAUAACAAGACAGUGAUGAUUGCUUGUGUGAGUCCGGCUGAUUUAAAUGCCGAAGAAACGCUGAACACUUUGCGAUACGCGAAUCAUGCUCGAAACAUUCAGAAUAAGGCAAUUACAAACCGCGACCCAAUGACAGUUCAGAUGCAAAUGAUGCGAAGCCAACUUGAGCAGAUGCAGGCUGAGUUGCUUUUUUUUCGUGGUGAAGGCGGUACUACUUACGAUGAGCUUCAGAAUAAAUUGGUGGAUGCCUUGCGAGAAGAGAAUCGCAAGCUAAAGGAUGAACCUCGUCAUUUGAAAUCAAAUGCUUCUCCAGCAGCAGACUCCAACAGAGGAUAUUCAACAAAUUGGAAUGCCAGUAAAAUCCUCAAUCAACCUACCGCACUAUCUCAUGUCGAUGAUGAGAGUGAUGAUGUGAUGGGAAUGAAUGAAACAGUCAAGAGGAAUGAAAAUACGGAUAAAAAUGAGCAUAAGGGUAAAAAAAGAUCACGCAAUGUGUGGGAACAAUCUGAGAUCAGAAUAUUGGACGAACGUGUCCAAAUGAUGAGAAAAAACGGGAAGACACCUUGGGCCAAAAUACUGUCUUUGGGAGGUUUCCACCCAAACCGAAAUCCUGGGCAGUUAAGGAGCAACUGGGAGAAAUGGCAUAUCAAAAAGCCAAAGACAAAGCGAAAGCGUAAAGUAAUCGUUGGCAAUUGA